CAGCUGUAGCAGCUGAUAUACACAUUCUUAAUCAGUUAAUAAGAAAACAGUAUUUAUGGAGCUUAAUUUUGAGGUUGCGCUUUGGGUGUUUGCUGCAAUCUUAGUUCACUAUUUUGUUUAUUUAUUCGUCAUGAGCAAAAGAGCUAAAAGUAUAAUCGGCCGUCAUGUCGUUAUUACUGGGGGCUCCAAAGGCAUUGGACUAUGUUUGGCUGUUGAGUGCGCCAUGAAAGGAGCGGAUGUGACUGUCAUAGCGCGCGAUGAAAAGAUGUUAAGUGGUGCUGUGGCACUGAUGGAGGUAAUACGCCAGCGACCUGAGCAAAAGUUUCAAUAUCGCAGCCUCGACAUUGGUGGCGACUAUGACCAAGUUGCGCAGGUGCUUGGCAAGCUAGAAGAGAGCGUGGGCGAAAUCUAUGCACUAAUUAAUUGUGCCGGCCUGGCAAUUUGCGGCGUGUUCGAAGAAGUAGCAGUACAAGAUGUACACAAGUUAAUGAACGUGAACUUCUUUGGUAGCUACAACUGCGCACGCUAUGUGUUGCCCAAAAUGAAGAAAGCGGGCGAGGGCAUAAUUGUGUUUGUGUCCUCGCAAGCCGCUUUGUUUGGCAUUUACGGCUACGGUCCGUAUGCAGCCAGCAAAUACGCGUUGCGUGCAAUGGCAGAGACGAUUGCAAUGGAGUCACGCAUCCACGGCAUUUCAGUAACACUCGCACUUCCAUGCGAUACGAAUACACCAGGUUUUGAAAACGAAGAGAAAUCGAAGCCCCGCGAAACUAAGAUAAUAUCCGGCAGUGGUGGCUUACUGGAGCCGGAAGUCAUGGCUAAGGCAAUUCUUAAGCAUGCACUGAAUGGCAACUUCAUAUCGACAGUGGGAGCUGAGAGUUGGAUGCUUACCUUGCUGGGGGGUGGUCUCUUGCCUUGGGAUGGAUUUUUUACUACCGUCUUGCAUGCUGCUGUAAUUGGACCUCUACGUCUUGUUAGCUAUGGUCUGCACAAAUACUUUCAAGGUAUCAUACUCAAGUGUGCUAAAGAGGAUCGGGCUCUAGCUGCAGAAUCUGUCAAGGUUAAGGAGUAAGAUAAAUUAAGCGUUUCCUUGCACUAGUGCCUACUAAAUAAUUAAAAAAAAACCGCAAACCAAAUCAUCCCGCGGAAUCAUGUAUUUUAAAUU